AUGAACGCCCCGGAUCGUUUCGAACUCUUUCUCCUCGCUGAUGGCGAGAAAAAGAUCGAGGAGAAGGUCUUCUCCGGAAUGUCCAACACGUCGGACUUCAUUUUGAAAAAGGAGGACCACACUCUCGGCAAUCUUCUGUCCGAGCACCUGAAGCAGCACAAGAACGUCCUCAUGGCCGGCUACAAGAUUUCUCAUCCUAACGUGCCUGAACUCUUCAUCCGCGUCCAAACAGACGGUGCAAUCACCCCCAAAGAAGCCCUCGUUCAAGUUAUAAAGCGUCUCAUGCAGGACUUCUCACAUCUGAGCCGGGAAUUCACCCGUGAGUUUGAGCUGCGUCGCAUGGUCGAGGCUGGGCGCUCCAAUCAACAAGGCCAGUAG